UUGUGUCUCAAAAAUUUAUACGGUGGGUUUGAACUUUGAAGGCCAAAUCAUGCACAGUGCCUUGCAGUCACAGGUUCUGCAACUCACUUCUUCCUUCAGCUUUUACUUCGCAAUUCGUUAGUUUGCCCAACCCACGACUUUAUAGUUUUCCCAAUUGCUUCAAAUUUAUGAAACAUUUGACCAAAUCGUAUACCCUCUUUAGGGUUUUUGAGAAUCUUAAGGGAAUCUAGUGCUGCACGUGAUUGAAUAGAAUUAGCCCCCUACUCCAACUUACAUUGCUGUUACAAAUCUUCAAUUUUCCUUUUUGUUUUUUUUUUUAUUUUUUUAUUUUUCAUGUAAUGGGUAGUGUUGAAAUCCCCAAUUGGCUGAAAGGGUUGCCACUGGCCCCAGAGUUUCGCCCUACGGACACCGAAUUUGCUGACCCAAUUGCUUACAUUUCAAAGAUUGAGAAGGAAGCUUCCAGCUUCGGGAUUUGUAAGAUUAUCCCACCAUUGCCCAAACCUUCAAAAAAAUAUGUUUUCUCUAAUUUGAAUAGGUCACUUUUGAAGUGCCCGGAUUUGGGUCCAGAUAACAGUUCAUUAGGCGUCUGUAAUUCAUUGAAAACCGGUUCUGGGGAUGGUAGUAGUGAUGGGGUGUCUCGAGCUGUGUUUACGACAAGGCAUCAAGAACUAGGGCAGAGUCAGAGUGUGAAAAAAGCCAAAGGAAUUAUUCAGAAUCCACAGCCAGGUGUUCAUAAGCAAGUAUGGCAAAGUGGGGAGGUUUAUACUCUGGAACAGUUUGAGUCUAAAUCGAAGUCUUUUGCAAGAAGCUUGCUAGGGUCGGUGAAGGAUGUUUCUCCGCUGGUUAUAGAGUCUAUGUUUUGGAAGGCAACUUUAGAAAAGCCCAUAUAUGUGGAGUAUGCCAAUGACGUGCCUGGGUCUGCUUUUGAAGAGUCAAAGGGUCAAUUUCAUUAUAGUCAUAGAAGGCUGAGAAAAAGGACUUAUUAUAAGAGUAGGCUAGAUAGCUCUGAUUGUAAACAAACUGUAAUGGGUUGCGGAAGAGAUACCCAAACUGAUGAGACUAAGGGUGCUUCUGUCCAAAGUGACGCUGACAAAUGUUUACGGAUGACCAAAUCAGUUGAUACUGUGUCAACAUUUUCAUCGAAUGACGAUUCACAAUCUUUUAAAGAAAAGAGUUCAGAUACCGGCAAUGAUAUGCAAGGCACUGCUGGUUGGAAGCUUUCAAACAGUCCCUGGAACCUGCAAGUUAUUGCACGAUCGUCUGGCUCAUUGACACGUUUUAUGCCGGAUGAUAUUCCUGGUGUCACUUCACCUAUGGUAUACAUUGGUAUGCUGUUCAGUUGGUUUGCUUGGCACGUAGAGGAUCAUGAGCUUCACAGCUUGAAUUUUCUUCACACUGGCUCAUCAAAGACAUGGUAUGCUGUUCCUGGAGAUUAUGCGUUUGCUUUUGAGGAAGUCAUACGCACUGAGGGUUAUGGUGGUGAUGUUGAUCAUUUAGCCGCUUUGAAACUUUUGGGUGAAAAAACAACUCUUUUGUCACCUGAGGUAAUUGUUGCAUCUGGAAUUCCUUGUUGCAGGUUGACACAGAACCCUGGUGAAUUCGUUGUGACUUUUCCGAGAGCUUAUCAUGUAGGAUUCAGCCAUGGUUUUAACUGUGGGGAAGCUGCUAACUUCGGAACUCCACAAUGGCUUAGAGUAGCCAAGGAAGCUGCAGUUCGGAGAGCUGCAAUGAACUAUCUUCCCAUGCUUUCCCAUCAGCAACUGCUUUACUUACUGACCAUGUCUUUUAUUUCAAGAGUUCCAAGAACACUAUUACCUGGGGUGCGCAGUUCUCGAUUGAGAGACCGUCAGAAAGAAGAAAGGGAGUUUUUAGUAAAACAGGCUUUCAUAGAAGACAUGCUACAGGAAAACAAGCUGCUAUCCAUUCUUCUUGGAAAGGAAGCUGCUAAAAGAGCUAUUCUAUGGAAUGCUGAUUUGUUGCCAGAUUCCGGCAAAGGUUUUCAGUUACAUGGUUUAACUUCUACAACUGGAACCUCUGUGGAAAACAUGUCAAAUAUUAGUUCUGCCGAAAAAAGUGGUCAUUAUAUGCUUGAUGAUGAGAUGAGUUUGUAUAUGGAUUCUUUGACUAAUAUAGAUAUUGGUGGUGAUGAUCUUCCCUAUCACUUCGAAACUGAUUCCGGAGCAUUGGCUUGUGUGGGUUGUGGAAUCCUUGGUUUUCCAUUUAUGGCUGUGAUACAACCAACUGAGAAAUUGACAAUGGAACUUCCUGAUAAUCAUCUAAUUCAAGUUUCCUCUCCGGACUCUACUGCUGGUCUUCAUAGUUCCAUAUCACGGGAUCUUUCUUUUUCUGGACUUUCAUCAGUAAAGGAGAUGCCAGAUCAAUCAUUAAAUAAGUGCAGUAAAUGUUGGAAUACGUCCAGUAAAUUUUUUAGGCCUCGGAUUUUCUGCCUGGGGCAUGCUGUUCAAAUAGUAGAUAUGUUGCAGAGCAAAGGUGGAGCCAAUGUGCUUAUAAUUUGCCAUUCAGACUAUCAGAAAAUAAAGGCACAUGCCAGGGAAGUUGCGGAAGAGAUACACGGUGCUUUUGAUUAUAAUGAGGUUCCAUUAGAUACAGCAUCCCCAGAAAAUUUGACCCUGAUAGAUCUGGCUGUUGAUGGUGAAGAGCUUGAUGAAUGUGAAGACUGGACAUCAACACUAGGCAUUAACCUACGGAAUUGGGUCCAUACAAGAAAUAAUGCUCCUUCUAAUCAAGUUCCUUGGACGCUUGGGAGAUUGUUCCAUGAUAAAUGUCCUGCUUCAAAUAUUUUAGCUUUAAAUUGGCAGUCUCGGAGAUUUCGGUCGAAAAGGUCAAGCCAUUUAGCUCAGACUAAAUCCUCUCACAGCAUUGAGAGAAAGAAGGAUGAUCAGUCGGGUGGAAGAAUAAAUGACUCCACUGGGGACAAGAAGCUAAUUCAAUAUGCAAGAAAGAAGUUCAAGUCAAAGCAAAGUUUCCCUGUAGUAAGCAUGGUCUGUGAACUCCAAGAGAAGUCCCAAAAAGUGUCUGCUACUUUAAGUGCGGAACAUAAUAAUUGUGUUUCUGAAACUCUUCAAACUGAGGAUUUAAGGACCGAGGGUGCAUUGCCAUGUGCUUCUGCUUGUACUGAAAUGUCUGCAAUGCAUCCUGAAAUCCAGAUUGCUGAAAUGCCCAUUAGCACGAAUAUGAGUGCUGCUAAGUCACAACCUUCAAAUUCCAUUCUUGAUCGUGUUUUAAUGAUUGAUAAAGCUGGAGCACAGAUUGAGAAUCAAACCAUGCAGGAAUCAUAUGUAGACAGAAAUAAUGAUUUAACACCCAGUCAUUCCAAGAUGCACUACAAUACCAGUGUCUCAGAAAUAUGUAGCAAGGAGAGCCAGGAUUGUCAGGACAAGAAAUGUUCUAGCACACUUUCAGAUGCACCAGAUGGAAAUAUUGAAAUGAUUAAAAAAACUGAAAUUGCAGAAGCAGUCAUCAUUGAUAGCCACUGUAAUAGGUUAACAUUGGAUGAUCAAGGGCAUCAAGAAUAUCAGUCUACCAACAAAAGCAACAAUGAGGAAGCUGCUGUAUCAACUGCUUCAAUGGUAAAUCAAUCUACACUUACUUCUGUGGAUGGAAAAGUUGAAAGUCCAAAUAAUAAUCAUAUCUCAGAAAGAAUUAGGAGUCCUAUUUUCCUAGAAAAAACAACUGAGGAAGGAAUUGAUUCUAUAAGUAAAAUGGACAAGGAGCCUCGAAUUGAUGAAAGACCAAUUAGCAAACAUACUCCAAACGAAGUUUGUGAAGUUCGAAGAGAGAUUUUUGCUUCUGUAGACUUGCAUAAUAACGGAAUCUUGGAUGAUGAGCAACAAGUAACUCAGGGUGGAAAAAAUAGCAAAAGGGAAAUAACUCAUGUUUCAACUGAACAAUGUUGUCCAUCGUCUGUGCAGUGUCAGAUUGAAAAUGCGAAUAAAAUUAAUGAGGGCCCUGUUUGCAGUUAUGCUGCAGAAGGUGAAAAUAAAAGCGUAACUUCAAUAGAGUUAGGAUGUUCUGAAGUUUCAGGGGAAGCCUGUCCUAACAAAGACUCCUGUAUGCAAUUUUUUCCGGAUAAAGAAAAAGAAAUGAAAAACCAGUCGGUUAAUAGAAUUGAUGAGGAACUUUUCUCUGGCACGGAUACAUCGAUAAAAGACUCUUCUCUGUCAGUGCAGGAAUGCUCAAAAAUUGAGAACGAGAUUUAUGUUACAGAAAAGAUAAAUGAAAACAAAGCUGAUUUGUCACAUUAUAAAAGGGGGCUGGAGAGUUGUGAGUUAGCUACAGAAGUUCCCAGAUUAAAUUCCGGGAAGAAAAAAAUGAGGAAAGUGGAACGAACAAGGAACCAAUCUAAUUCUGACAACUUUAUUAGAAGUCCAUGUGAGGGGCUGAGGCCAAGAGCUGGGAAGAUUGCCGCUGAAAAAAGUAGAGUGGAAAUCAACCCAGUUGACAAGGAAAAUCAGGUGGCUAAACGGGCAAGGAGAUCUUCUGAAGUUUUGGUUCCUCGCAAAAAUAAAAAAGAUGGUGUUAAAAAGUCCCACAAGUGCGACCUCGAUGGUUGCCGAAUGAGUUUCAAGACUAAGGCAGAGUUACUGUUGCACAAACGAAACCUUUGCCCACAUGAAGGGUGUGGUAAGAAGUUCAGUUCCCACAAAUAUGCUUUACUUCACCAGCGAGUUCAUGAUGAUGAGAGGCCCCUUAAGUGUCCAUGGAAAGGUUGUUCCAUGUCGUUCAAGUGGGCUUGGGCAAGGACAGAGCACAUACGCGUACAUACUGGGGAGAAGCCUUAUCACUGCAAGGUGGAGGGAUGCGGCCUUUCAUUCAGGUUUGUAUCUGAUUUUAGCAGACACAGACGGAAAACGGGACACCAUGUGAAACCUCCUGCUUGAUAUAUAUUCAUGUGAACUUUUUGUUCUUGCAAACGUGUGCAUAUUUGCAGUUAGAUUGGUAAGAAAUGAGGCAUGGAGUGUUGUCUGACCAUACAUAAGCAUUCUGGUUAGUUGUAAAGUUAGGAUAGAAUGGUUGUUCUGUAGGUGCUCAAUAUCCAAUUCAUUUGAAGGCAGUUAGAGUUGGUAACUCCAGAGAGUUUUGAUCUUUCUCUAUAACUAGAAUUCAGGUCUAGCAGCAGCCUCUAAUGAAGGGAAAACCCUCCUUAAGGAAGCUGCAUCAUGUUGGUUGGUCAUGCCUCUGAUAGCUUACUUUUGUUGAUUCCUGUACUUACGGUUCUUUUGAAGGAGUUCAUAGGUCCUUCAUCUUUCUGGAUAUGUAGUUGUUCAUUACGGCUGUAUAUUACUUUGGAUUAACAUCAUUUGUUAUUAAGGGGGACAAGAAAACUGAGAGUAAGAACCAAGAUUUGUGCUCUCAAAGAUUUUAUGUACUUUCCUCCUGGCUAGUAAAUUCAGUGGUAAAACAUUAAGUUGACACUGCAUAUUCUUACUGGUUUUCUACUAUUUCCUGCUGUUUUUUCUAGGUAGUUUGAUUUUUCAUUUUUCUUUUAAAUUUUAUCUUUAAUACUUGUUAGUGUAAUAAACUCUCAUAGGAUGUAGUUAAAAUAUUAUAAUAUUGUUUAGAAUUAAUUUUAAAUUGUUAAAAUGAGCUCAUGACACUUGUAGUAAGCUCAUUAUUUAGUUAUUGGCAUGCUUUAGAUUAUUUGUAUUCCUCUUUAUUCAUGAUCAUCAAUGAGUAAUAUGAAUGUUGUU